CACACUGUCCAAACGCAACCAACAGGCCCUCACCGGCAAACUAUUCAUCAAAUAGAGAGAGAGGGGAGGGGAAGAAUACCUCUUCGAGUGGAGAUGGGGUUGCGAAGCUGAGUAGGAGCCGAUCUUAAAGAAGAGGAAGAGGUAGGCAGAGUCAUGGAGAUGGGGCCCUGUACUAUGGUAGAGCCAGGAACCCUCUCCUUUGGUCACAGAGGUUGUCUACCUCCGUGAAUCUCUCAUGAAAAAGCCUAUAUGAAACUGUGAUGCAGACCCACGACUUGGUUCCUUCUCCGUUGUCGCUAAUCGGCUGGAGAUGGGAGGAAAAUAUGUCGGUGGGGUUUCCGCAGCUUCCUUUACUGACAAGGGUUUCGAGGGAGAUGCUACCUUUCCCGUUCGACUGAGGCUUUGUGGUGCCCUACAGUUCUCAUUAUGCAUCUUGGCUUCAACGUUCCCUGGAAAAACUACAAAAGCAAGCAACGAUCAGCUUCUGUGGGAACUGGGCUUGAGCUGUGAAGCCAAAAGAGAACAAUUGAAUAACACAAAUUCGGUCGCCAGUGGAAUCAGUGGACAGCCGUCGAAUUUUGUCGAGCCCCUACCAGUGGGUGUUACGGUAUAAGAGGCGUCUUCAUCUGAAGCCACUUCCAUAUCGAAGUGAAAGGUACUUUCUUCCACCAAUUUCAAGUUACAUUCUGUGAUUUUCCACCAUUUUUAUGCCGGGUUGAGGAUAGUUCUUCGCCCAUGCUGUUGGUCGAAGUACCUGAUGAUUUUUGGUCGAUUUCGGUUUGAUUGCUUUCUGUGUACAUUUGUGCGGUGGAUUUUGUUGUUGCUGUUGGUCAAUUUGUCGAUUUCGGCUGCUUUGGAUUGGAAUACUGAUAUGUUUUGCAUUAAUCUGUUUUGCUGAAACUUUCCUCGUUGCAUUACGUAAUCGUAUUGCAAAUGCAAUAUGGAAUGCGGAAACAAGAGGAAACCGGUAAUAUUGGAAUG